AUGGGUGUGCGAUUACGGACAUUUAGCCUGUUGGCUACAAUUGUGUUGUGUUCGGUUAUAAGUGCAAGUGAAAGUGCAAGGAUAUUGGCCAUCUUUCCAUCGCCCGCCAAAAGUCAUCAGAUAGUUUUUCGAGCAUUUAUUAAAGGGCUUCUGGAGCGAGGUCAUCACGUCACGAUGAUGACCACGGAUCCGUUCGAAACGACCAAUCCCAACAUCACGCAAAUUAACUGGAGCUAUGCACAUAAAAUUGUGGAAGAAAAUUUUGAUGUUGCUCAAAUGAGACAACAGGACUGUACAUCGUUGGAUAUUGCAACACAGUUGUUACAAGUGACGAAAAAGUUUAUAGAAGCUGAAUUAGAGCAUCCAGAAGUGCAACAGCUGAUCGAAAGUGCGGGUGAAGAGCAUUUCGAUGUGUUAAUAGUGGAAUACUUUCAAAUGACACCGUUUCAUGCGUUUGCCGAUUUAUUUAACGUGCCCAUGAUUGGAAUCACCUCGAUUGAUUCCAUUGCAAUGGCGCACCAAAUCGUAGGAAACGUCAUGAAUGUAGUGGCCCACCCCGAAAUGAAUCACAAGUUUUCCUCUGAGCCAAACUUUAUGCAACGGUUGGAAGCUGUCAUAACCAAAGUUUUUAUUGAUAACUAUUUAAUGCCACGUGAAUUUGAAAAGUACGAUAAAGUGAUCGAGCGACAUUUCGGCACUAAUAUGACGAAAUCACGAGAAUUAAUGCAUCGCAUUGACUUCCUUAUGAGCAACGUUGAACCAGCGCUCGGAUUUGUGCGACCGAACGUGCCACAAGCGAUCCAGCUGGGUUUUCUCCAUAUCGAACCGCCCAAGCCGCUACCAACGGAGCUGAAGCGGUUUCUGGAUCAAUCGCAACAUGGAGUGAUUUAUUUUAGCUUGGGAACAUUGAUCCGAAGCAACUCAAUCAAUGCCCGAAACUUGAAGAUAUUUGUUGAUACCUUUAAAUCGCUCAAAUAUGAUGUGCUCUGGAAAUGUGACAGUGAAGUGGAUCUUAAUGGUACCAGCAAUAUACGAAUAGCACAAUGGCUGCCUCAGCAGGAUUUGCUCGCCCACCCGAACGUGAAAUUGUUCGUGACCCAGGGCGGCCAGCAAUCGAUGGAAGAAGCUGUAGAUCGACACGUGCCGAUGGUGGUAAUCCCGUUCAACUUCGACCAAUUUGGUAACGGAGACAAAGUGGUCGAACGUGGAAUCGGCAAGACGAUCUGGAUGGAACGGCUGACGACCGAGAAGCUUCGGGACACGAUCCUGGAAGUCAUCAGCAAUAAGAAAUACAAACGAAACAUUGAACGACUCGGCAAAUUGGUGCGCGAUCAACCGAUGCGCCCGGUUGAGAAAGCAGUUUGGUGGACGGAAUAUGUCAUCCGUCAUCAGGGUGCAUCUCACUACCGCUACAAGGCCGCUCAGAUGCCGCUCUGGCAGUACCACUACUAUGAUGUGGUGGCCACACUGUUGGCUGCCAGCGUUGCGGUGCUUGCCCUUGUCUUCUAUGCCAUGCGGCAUUUCUUCAACUUCAUUUUUGGCCAUUGGCUCGCGGCGCAGGUGAAGGAAAAAUCAUUGUAG